AUGAAUAACCAAAGAGUAACCUAUGCAGAACUGAAUUUGGCCAAGUCAGCCAAGAGACAGCAAAGGAAACCUAAGGGCACUCAAAGCUCCAUUCCAGUAACUGAGCAGGAAAUAACCUAUGCAGAAUUAGCUCUUCAAAAUGCUUCCCAGGAUCUUCAAGAGAGGGACAAGACGGACCACUCCAAAGUUUCACCAUCACCUCCAGAGAAGCUCAUUGCUGGGAUCCUAGGGGUCAUCUGCCUUGUCCUGAUGUCCGCUGUGAUAAGGGUAACUGUUACUCCCUCUACUGUAAUACUGGAGAAGAACAAUUAUUCCCAAACAACAAGUAACCAGAAAGCAUAUCAUUGUGAACAUUGUCCACUGGAGUGGUUUAUGUAUUCCAACAAUUGCUAUUACUUUAGUACUGAAAAUAAAACAUGGAGUGAGAGUUUGCUGGCCUGUGCUUCUAAGAACUCUAAUCUGCUUUACAUAGAUAAUGAAGAAGAAAUGGAAUUUCUGAGAUCCAUAUUACCUCCAUCAUGGAUUGGAGUUUUUCGUAGCAGCAGUGAUCAUCCUUGGAUGUUGAUAAAUGGUUCACCUUUCAAACUAAAAACAGAAGACUUAUCAUCUGGUAAAGGGGACUGUGCUCUGCUAAACCUAUAUGGCCUCACGUCAUGGAGUUGUGAAGCUUCAAAAAUAUAUAGUUGUAAGCAUAAGCUUUGGGGUUUGGAUUCUGUUGG